AUGACGACGAUCGCUCGUCUUCUCGUGGGCAUCGUGAUAUACGGUUCUAUCACGAAAACAGGUAAAAUUAGUCUAACAAUUGACACGUAGACCAUUUACACCGUGAACUCAUUCGUCUCUCUGUUCCAGAGGGACGUUGUUCGUACGCCAGUUGGGAGAAAAUCGGUGGCGUGAAACCGGAAACCAUUGACGCGCAAACGGUCCUCUUUAGCGCGGCCAACUCAAAUGGAAUAACGAAGCAUUGCUUUGAAAGGUGUGAACGCAUAAACUGCACCGCAUUCGUGAUAGAUUUUGGCAGAAGCAUUUGUUACAGCGUACGAACAAGAGACGACGAGCUAAUACCCGAUCCGAGUUCGAUCUUUUAUCACCGAGCAAGUAGAAUCACGCACGAUCGCGCUUCAAAUUAUAUUAUUGUUUCAUCGACAUCGUUUUCUAUCUCACUUUAUUGGCUAGUGCCAAUAAGUUGCGCGCGAGACAGACUUUGGCAAGUAGAGAGAAUCCCAGGUGCAGUGUUCAUGGAUUCCAACGCGUUUCACCUGCCCGAACCGACCACGAGGAACCAAUGUUACGAGAAAUGCAUUGAUACAGAACGAUCGACGCAACUCGACGCCAAUCGACCACGCGAUCGCAGCCGCGAUUUUCUUCCAGGCAGAAGCUGCGAGUCCAUGCAAUUCCGCACCACGAAACCUCUGUCGAUCGACAAAACCGCGCUCGGACGGUGCUCUCUCUCGUUGCACGAACGAGGAACCAAACCGUCAGCGUACAGAGCCUCGAUGUACAGAGACGAGUACCUUCGAGACCAGUGUCGAAGUCUGUUGCAAGAGAAGAUGCGACUCGAGCGUGGAUGGUUUCAUCUGUCGAGGAUACACGUUUGACAAUUCGUCGGGUGAUAGAGUCUGCCUGUUGCAUUCGGAAGACACCACCAGUCUCGGUGUCAGCUCGUUGAUCGACACAGCGAACGUGGUCUACAGAGAACGAGAACCAUGUUUAGAUCUGAGGGUACGAUGCAACGUUUCGACGAUGACGAUCGAGUUGAGGACAAACGACGCAUUCUUCGGCCGAAUUUACUCGAAUGGACACGCUGAUAGCUGCGGUGUCCAAGGUACGGGAAGUAAUCGGACGAUAUUGACGUUACCCAUUCCAUCGGCGGAUAAAGUUCAGGAGGGAACACUUCGUUGCGGCUUGAACCCUGCCUUCUCUAUCGACAAUCAAAAUCGGUAAGAUAUUGUAAGCAACAACGAUACAUCGCGAUUUUUAAAUCAACAUACAUUUUAAGUAUUGAAACAUUAACUGUGGGCAGAUAUCUUGGAGUGAUAGGGACUUCGAUCCUCUUUUAGAGAUGUUUAUAUAUAUAUAAAUUUGGAAUUUUCUUUCUGUCUCCUUCAAAGGUAUGUAUAAAUUCAAAUUGAAAUCUGUAAGAUAUUGUAAACGAUACAUCGCGACUUUUAAAUCAACGAGGAAUUAAAGAUUACAUUUACAUUUUAAGUAUUGAAACAUUAACUGUGGCCAGAUAUCUUGGAGUGAUAGGGACUUCGAUCCUCUUUUAG